AUGGAAGCAAGGAAUCGCAAACAGCGCCGUGCAGCAGCUGGAUCCUCCUCUAAAACCUCCGAACCCGAAAUCUCCAUGGCCCACCCCCCACGCAACGAUCCGACCAAAAACAAACCAACCGUCGAGCGCACACUAUAUGACAUCAUCGCAGAGCGACAAAGCGGCCUGCAUCAAAAGGGGGGAUCGAUUCCAGCUCCGGUAGAAGGACAGGGCAUACCAUCACAGUCAGGGGGAACGCGAUUCGUGACAGUCGACGCGUCUGGGAAAUUGGUCGACACGGACGGCGACAUCAGCAGCCAUCUCUCAUCAAAUGGCUCGCAAAAGAGCAAAAAAGCUCAACGGGGCUCAAAUGGAAACGCUGUCAAGCAAUCCGACUCCGAAUCCGAACCUGACAAACCCCUCCCACCAUUCCUCGACACAAUUCUCCUGUCCCUGCCUCUUACGACACUCCAUCUCACACUGAGCUAUCUCGCAGCCCAUCAAUACGCUGAAAAUACCGACCUGCCGAAACUCUUUAAAGAUUCUGUAACGACCGCUUUCCCUCUUCUCACUUUAUUCGUUCAUCUAGCACAUGGUCAUAUCAUUUCCUUCAACAAGCGCGGUUCGAAGAAUGCACGCGCGGAGCCUGCUCCUUCUUUGUUCCCAUUUACAAGUGACAAAUUGACGUUUUCAUUCCUACGAAAGCUGGUUUUCCCGCCUGCGCUGCGGACCUUGGUGUUUCUUCCUGUUGCUGCGCUGCUAGGUGCGCAUCUUAUCGCCAUCACGAAUGGAGAGCCGUAUUAUGCGGUCAUGAAGAAGGCGCCGGCUGUUGGGACUAUCUGGAUUUGGUGUAUUUUAGAGUUGUCAUUUGGGGCUGCUGUACUUGGGGCUUUGGGGCCUUUGGUUUGGGGGGUUUGGUGGAUGGGGUAUGGUAUUGUUUAA